AUGGCGUGUGCGCGCCUGUUUGUGACGGAGGAUGAUCCAGACCGCCCACUGGGGAUCUAUGCGUCGCAGCUUCUGCUCAUUCUGCAGCUGCCGAGGCGACCCCUGCAGCAGCCGCCGCCCCCGGACCUGCCGCAGCUGUCGUCGCCGAACCUGCAGCAGCUGCCGCCGCCGGACCUGCAGCAGCUGCCGCCGCCAGACCUGCCGCAGCUGCCGCCGCCGAACCUGCAGCAGCUGCCGCCACCGGACCUGCCGCAGCUGCCACCGCCGAACCUGCAGCAGCUGCCGCCGCCGGACCUGCCGCAGCUGCCGCCACCGAACCUGCAACAGCUGCCGCCGUCACUGCUGCCCCGGCCCUCCCCUGCAGCCGAGUCGCGGCCCUGCUCUGCCGCCUCGUUGCGGCCCUGCUCUGCCGCCCCGACCCUGCCACUGCACCACGGCCAGCCCCUGUGGACCACACGCGAUGCUGCUGCCCAUCUUGCUGUGCGUAGUCACCUGCCACCCACUGAGCGCGCGCACUUUAGCCAGUACAAGACCGCUAAGACCUUCUACGACGCUGUAGUUGCACGCUACUCCUCCCCUGCCACUGCUACCCUUAGUCGCCUCAUGCUGCCGUACCUAUUCCCAGACCUCGCCGCCUUUGCCACAAUCAGUGACCUGAUUACGCACCUUCGCACUAGUGACACCCGCUACCGCGCUGCGCUUCCUGCUGAGUUCUGCGCCAAGAACCCCCCCCCUAUGUACAUCACCCUCUACUACCUAGUCACCCGACUCCCUCACUCCCUUCGCUCGACCAGGGAUCACUUCCUCUCUCUCUCUGCCCCACCACACUCACCGUUGACCUCCUCGAGGAGCGCCUCCUUGCAGCUGAGAAGAUCGGUCGGUGCUGCGUCUGCCCCUAGCGGGCGGUGCCGCAACGGCAAGAGCAGGGGGGGCAAGGGUGCUGGGGGAGGGGGCGGGGGCGGUGGGGGCGGUGGAGGGGGUGGGGGUGGCGGUGGGGGUGGUGGCGGGGGUGAGGGCUCUGGUGGCAGCGGUGGAGGCGGAGGCGGCGGCGGCGGUGGUGGUGGGGGUGGAGGUGGCGGCGGCGGCGGUGGGGCUGGUCGGGGUGGCCCUGUGCAGCAGGGAGGCUUCGGUGGUGGUCAGCACCAGCAGCAGCAACGCACUCGUGAGACCCCUCCCCCCCAGCAGCUUCGUGAGUGGUACGCUGCGCGUCAGCGAGGUGGGGGUGCUGGUCCCUGUGCCUACGUCCUGCGUACCGGCGACCGCACUGGCGAGCCGUGCGGCGGCCCGCACACCACCCAGCGCUACUUUGGCCGCCUGACUAACGCCUGGCGUCUCCAGUUCUCUGACGCCUCUGAGAUCAUUCGCUGGGGUGAUUUGCUUAGGUUGGGGGUUGCUAUCUUUGAUCUUGACUAUGAUGCUAUUCUUGCUGCCAUGUAUGUUGUGACUACUACUGAUGAGGGUGACUGUUACCUGUGUGUUCCGCCUGACCCGGGCAUUGCAGCUGCUGCUCUAGGUGCUCGCGAGUCCGCUGCUCUAGGUACUAGUGCGUCUGCUGCUCCAGGUGCUGGUGAGUCUGCUCUCUCAGGUACCACGUCUGCUCAUGUUGGUGUAAGGGCCUAA